AUUGAAAGUAGAAUAAAGGAUAGUAGUUUAGAAGCAACAACAAAAAUAGCAGCAGCAACAACAGUAGUAGCAAAAACAGUAGCAACAAAAACAGUAGCAACAAAAAUAGUAGCAACAAAAAUAGUAAUAGCAAAAAUAGCAAAGGCAACAACAGUAGUAACAAAAACAGCAACAGCAAAAAUAAUAGUUACUUCUGAUUUAUUAUUCAAUACUUUCUUAUCAACAACCCUAUACCUACCACUUUUAAAUAAACCUCUUUUAUUUAUAAACCUAACAAUAGCUACAACAACUGAUGAUAUCAUGAACUACCUUAAGGCAAAUACCAAAUGCUUUGAGAAAGCUACUGCUGCUAAUAGAUGGGAUAGUAAAAGAAAAAGAGAUAUUCUUCCUGGUUUUUUAUAUGGAAUAUUAGAAGAAAAGAUUUAUACUAUAGAUGAUUCUAAAUUUAACGUAAAUGAAGAACUUACUAAAGAGCAACAAGAACAAGUAAAUCAAUUCUUAACAAACAAUAUUGAUAUUUUCUCAGAAAAUAUCUUAGAAGAAAGACAAUUUAAACAAUUAGGACAAACAAAUAUUAUCUGUCAUAAGAUAAAUACAGAUAAAGCCAGAUCUAUUAAACAAUGA